AUGCAAAGCUCCCCCAAACUCAGGCUCGGAAUAUUACAACUACAAGGGCUUUUCAGUAUCAUUUUAGUUGCCCUGGUCAGUUCUGACUACAAGGUUCUUUUGGCUGACGUAUCAGGAAACGGUUCCGCAUCAGAUGCUCAAAUAUACAACCAAAGUGAGCUGAAGCAAGGUCUCGAGAACGGCGACAUUAUGGGUUGGCCAAAUCCAGAUCCCUUACCCAAUGACACCCAAGAUGUCCCAUACUUCAUUGUGGGCGACGAUGCUUUCUCUCUGAGAACAUACCUAAUGAAGCCAUACAGUGCAAAGGCCCUGACCAGGGAAGAGCGUAUCUAUAACUACAGGCUGUCGAGGGCCAGGAGAGUCGUCGAGAACAUAUUUGGUAUCAUGGCGAAUAUAUAG